CAUUCCUUUUCUCCUCCCCUCCUUCCAACUUCGUUUCUCCUCUCCUCCCUCCCAAACCCUAGAGCGGCAGCAAGUUUCCUUUACCAAUUGAUUUUUCUCCAGCAAAUCGAGUAUUGGCGUCGAAGUAUGUAAGUGAUGGAGAGAUUGUUCUAGAAAGAUUUUAAAAUCAGCAGAAAAACUUGGAUCUAGGGUUUCUGUUAGCGAUAAAAGUGUUUUAAAUGUUUAAUCGAGGGUUCUGGUUACUGUCUAGUACUCCAUUCAUUGAAGACAUCUACUAAUUUGCGUCGGCUAAAAUCACCUUCACCUUCCACAAACACACACACAGAGCUCCCUCUCCGCCAUAAACCCUAGAAAACCAAAAAUUACCUGCAAUUUCGUAGCCGAGAAGGAAGAAAAAUUCCAAUCAAAGAUGUCUUCAUCAAAGAAGAACCAUUACAAAGAGAAGAUGAUGAAUCGCAAAAAGGAAAAAUAUAUAGGAGGUGAAGAGAAACCAGAAGAGCCUGAAUUGUCGAAAUACCAAGACAGAGCUAAAGAAGGAAGAGAAGAUCAGAAUCCUGAUUAUGAAGCGUCUGAAUUGGGUUCCUUUCAUGCUGUUGCUCCUCCUGGUGCUGUUGAUCUUAGACCUGAAGAUGCUAUGAAGAUAUCGAUCGAGAAUUCGAAGUAUCUCGGAGGUGAUGUGUAACAUACACAUUUGGUGAAGGGAUUGGAUUGUGCGAUACUUAACAAGGGAGGUGAAAUCUAUGAUGAAAUGCUGAGCAAACAAAUCUCUCAGACAAUAAUAAAUCAGACAGUGGUGGAGAUUUCAUGGUUUUCACUAGAUGGGGUCGAGUUGGAGUUAAAGGACAGAACAAGUUACAGGGACCUUUCACCUCCAGAGAUGAAGCUAUUCAGGAAUUUGAAGAAAGAUUUUACGCCAAGACAAAAUCUGUGGUCUGAGCGCAAGAAUUUUGUUUGUCACCCGAAACUUUACACUUGGUUGGAAAUGGAUUACGAAGAAAUCGAAAGUGAAUCAGUUGUAAGUUUAUCUCAGUAUGAUGCAGCAACGGAUGAUUGAAAUAGGUUAGUAGUGUUUACCUCUAAACGACCAGCUCAUAACCCAAUUAUACUAUCAUAUCAUGAUAUAUGCCUUAUGUUCUGCUUGUCCACCUUGUUAGUGCUUAUAGUCAUUGUUUUCCUGUGCGUACUUGUACCAACUUUCGUAACUUUUCAAGAUACGACGCUGAAAAGUUUCCUCUUGGUAAGCUAAUCAAAUCAACCAUUUUUAAGGUAUGCCGUUUGAUUAAUCACUGAACAAUAUACAAAAAAAGUUGCCUAAAUCAAAUUAUGAUCUCACAUGUUUGCCUGUUUUUUUUCCUUCUUUUGUUUAACCAUCUCGAUUUGAACUCGUUUAACCAUCUCGAUUUGAUCUCGUUUAACCAUCUCGUUUGAACUCUUGCAGGGAUAUAAUGCAUCAGUGCCAAGCGUGAUAGGAAAACACUUGAGCAAUUGACUGGAGCUUUCUACUUUGUUAUCCCUCAUGACUUUGGUUUCAAAAAGAUGCGCUGAUGUUGUGCUUGCUUUUAUCGGGUGGGGUGUUUUACUGAGUUUGUUGUUGGUGGGGUCCAGCAAAUUUGCGAAAGAACGGCAUGCUGUGACUAUUCGUACCGCGACUGCAAAGUCAGUGUAUCAAUGGAUUGUCAAGCCACAGACUACUGUCAAGUUGAAUAAGAUGUUUCUUCCUGGUCGAAUGUCAUUUAUCUUCAACAUGGUUCCCUAUAGUGGGUCAUGGAAUUACAACAUCAAUGGAGUGAAGCAUAACACUAAUCUGACGUGUGGGAUAAAGCUGGGAUCGAUGGUGACACUGAGAAUAUCAGCUUGUUUGGUGGGAUACCUUCUAUCACGAAAGGGUUUGAAUCUCCUUUGGCAUGGAAGUCGCCUUGGCUUAUGAACUAUAUAUGAACUGGUUGGCAUUUGAUUGUUGCUUUUCAAUGCUGUAAGUUUUAUAAGUUACAAUGUAGGAAGUUUCUAUGAACUCAGCAAGUUUUUUAACUUAAUAUUUGAUACUUCCAAGAAUUUUGGUACUUGGAAGAAUUUAUGUUCUUUGAUUGAAAGUUAUAUGAAUUAAGUAAUUAACCGAGUCUG